AUGCUCCAGACAGUUUGGGUGUCUUCACCAGGGAGCUGGACUUUAAGGGAGUCUGAACGUCACCACGGGGGCAGAAAAAGGAGCUGGAGAUGUAGAUGUCUCAGAACUGUAAUCCAGCAUCCAUGCCAGAGGCAUGUCCCCAAACGCCCAGGGAAAGCAAGAAUGUUGAGGAAAAUCCAGAUCUGCCUCUGUUUCUGCUUUGUCUCGGGCAUCUUGUACGAGAUCUCUCUGCUGUCCAGCUGUGUCUUCAACUACCUGCCCAUGUCCCAACACUACUUGACACCUGAGCAGGUCCUGAGCCUUGGGAAAAGCAUCAUUUUCCUGGAGACCACAGAGCGGCUGGAGCCACCCCCGCUGGUGUCCUGCUCCGUGGAAUCUGCUGCCAGGAUUUACCAGGACAGGGCCGUCAUCCUCUUCAUGAAGGGACUCACCAAUGAGACGGCCUUGGACCUGAACACCAGCUAUGCAGCCUUCUCACUUCUGUCUUCCAUGAAGAAUGUCUUCAUUUUCCCUCUCCAGAUGAAAACUGUCUUCCAGGAGACCCCUCUGCUCCAGUGGUACAACCAGGUGGUCCCGGAGCAGGAGAAGAACUGGGUGCAUGUCAGCUCCGACGCCAGCAGACUGGCACUCAUCUGGAAGUAUGGAGGCAUCUACAUGGACACGGAUGUCAUCUCCAUCAGGCCCAUCCCUGAGCGCAGCUUCCUGGCAGCGCAGAAGUCACGCUUCUCCAGCAACGGCAUCUUUGGCUUCCCCGCCCGCCACAAGUUCAUCUGGGACUGCAUGGAGAACUUCGUCCUCAAGUACAACAGCAACAUCUGGGGCAACCAGGGCCCCUUUUUGAUGACCAGGAUGCUCAAGACCCUCUGCAACCUCACGGAUUUUGAGGGCACCGAGGACCACAGCUGCCAGAACAUCUCCUUCCUCAACCCCCAGCGCUUCUACCCCAUCCCGUACCCAGCCUGGAGCAGGUACUACCAGGUGUGGGAUGAAAGCCCCAGCUUCAACCACUCCUACGCCCUGCACCUGUGGAACUUCAUGAACCACAACAGGAAGGCCGUAGUCGCCGGCAGCAACACCCUGGCCGAGAAGCUCUACAAGGCCUAUUGCCCCACCACCUACGAGGACCUGAUCCAGAACGCCAAGCAGAUGGACUUCACGGGCUCUGAGGAUGAUGUGUGA